GGGCUCACUCCUUACCCGCCCUCCCUCUCUCCCCAGUCCAUCUCCGCCAUGAAGCUGAUGCAGUUUCAGGGCAUACAGCACAAGACCAGCUCGCCCAUCUCCCUGCCUCCAGUCACGCACCUUGACCUCACGCCCAGCCCUGAAGUACCCCUGAUGAUCUUGAAGAGGAAGCUCAUGGUCACCAAUGACCUGCAUGAGUCCAGGGAGCUCCUCAGCAAGGUCAAUAGGCACCUGGAGGUGAGGUACCUCAUGGAGAAGACCAUGCAGAAGAUCCUGUCCUUGCUGGUGACGUCCGAGGCCGAGCUGGAGCACGCCCUGUCCAUGCGGGCGGAGCUCACACAGUACGACUGCUACCAGGAGGCCGCCAUGUACUUCCGGACACACUGCUUCAACUGGCACUCCUCUACGUAUGAGUAUGCCCUGAGACAUCUGUACGUGCUGGUCAACCUCUGUGAGAAGCCCCAUCCCAUUGACAGAAUCACGGCGGCCAUGGACAAAGUGUGCCGGGGUCGCUACUGAAAAGCUGUCUUCGGGACGCUUUUCCGAGUGUGAACACCUCCGCCUAGAUUGGGAGACCCACCUUCGAUGGAAGAGGUGGCGCAGGAAGAGCCCCCUCCCGCCUGCCCCCAGCCCUCCUGGAGAAUGCAGUUGGGCCCCGCUCUCUCCCCAGGUGGCUUGCUCACCUUAAAUUGUAUGCCCAGCCAUGCUACCGGUCAUGCAUGACGCUCUGGACAACGACCCACCUGGGUGGGGACAGCUCUUGGCGGAGAAGCACACCGGCCUUUGAGGAGGCUCUGUGACUUGACCCGUUCGAAGGAGAAAGACGGUUACUUUGGGUUCCUGUCACCGGUGGAAGGAAGCGUCUUUGCUCCAAGAAAGCACAGAGAGGCGAGGGUGUUCCUGAAACCGGAGCAGAAUCAAUGUAUGGAAGAGGGUCCUGCGCCCCCCGUGGAAACCUACUUUUAGAAAAGAUGAUUUAUGAUUGUGAUUGCUUUUGUAUCUUAGUCUACAAUAAUGGACAAGCCUUGAACAAAUAAAGAUUGGUCACUGA